UUCCCAGUUCCUGGUGGAACAAGCGCUAAAAGGUGGAUGAAGUUUGUCGAAGAUUACAGAUCAAAACACACAUCAGAAGUUGAUAAAUACAUGGAAAAGAAGUUGCGUGACGCUAGCAUGCACUAUUAUCUGGCAAGACAUCAAGUAUGGUACGGUGAAUGUGGUGGCAAACUUGUGACCGCUUCUUGCGUAUUCGGUGUGGAUGACCUUGCCAACAUACUGAGACAACCACAUUUGAUUGCUCAUAAAAUGUACCUUGACUUUCAGCCUGCAGCAUUCUUUUGCGUUUUGAAGGAAAUUCGCGAAAGGGAGAACAACCCAAAGCCGCUCAAUCUCACUCUAUAUGCCGAACUGCCGCAAGUGGAAUUGAGCUCUGGAGUGCCGUACGAAAAAUUGAAGCAUCCUCUGUGGAUGGUGUGGUAG